AUGAAUAGAAAUACGCAGGCUGCCACACCAUAUGGAUCAGGUUUUCCUCCACGACCGCCACCACCGUCUCCAUGGUGGUGUAAUAGCUGUCGUCGAUCAAAUCCGGGUCGCCGUUAUCAAUGUCAAGUCUGCAGACGAGGCAACACUUAUGAUCUUUGUGAUCGGUGCAUCAACAAGGCUCCAACAUUACAUCCAGGGCACCCAUUUCGUCUGGUAUAA